GGAUCUUGUCGAUUAUACCUCCGCGCAUCUGGUCAGCGGCCAACUGGAGUCGCCGGUGGAGCAGGAGUGAACCCGGGGAGCCUCGACUUCCUCCCCGCAGCUUGAGCAGAACAGAGCAGCCAUUUUGAAGGAAGCUCCGCCGAUGAACGCUAUCUGGAGAAGGUCUAAUUUUAGUGGGUAAAGAUGUGGGACCAGGGAGGGCAGCCCUGGCCGCAGUGGCCUUUGAGUCAGCAGCAGUGGAUGCAGUCCUUUCAGCACCAACAAGACCCAGGUCAAGUGGACUGGGCCGCCCUGGCACAAGCGUGGAUAGCCCAGAAAGAGACAACUGGACCCGAGCCACCAAUUGUCCAGCCGAACGGCCAGGAGAUCCCAGGCAUUGAAUCUGGUGGACAGAGCAACCAUGGGACUUUCCAAGGUGACCCCCCGUUCGGAAGAAUGUGGCAGCCAGAGUGGGGAAUGCAUAACCAGCCCCCACCACCACCCCCUCCUCAAGAGCAGCCCUGGAUCCCUCCCGGAUCAGGACCGAUGGAUGUGGUGAACCCCAGCGAAGACAGCAACAGCCAGGACAGCACAGAGUUCACCGCUGAAUCCCGCCAUGGGGUUUACCCCCAGAACAGCCAUGGGUAUGGGGCACAGCCCGACAGCUACGCCAUGGCCCCCAUGGCCGUAAACCAGUUUGAUUAUCAGCAUGGUGCUGCUCCUUCCUUUCCUCCAACACCUACAGGAUUUCAACCCCCAUAUUGGCAAGGCCCCCCUCAAAACAGACGCGAUGCCAGACCACCUGGUUUCAGGGAUCGGCCUAGAUCUCCACUCCAGCUCCCUGUUAAGCAGGAGACGCCAGCGCCGCUGGAUGCCGUGAAAAGGCGAACCUUACCUGCCUGGAUCAGAGAGGGUCUUGAAAAAAUGGACAGAGAAAAACAAAGGAAAAUCGAGAGGGAGCAGAUGGAGAGGGAGCGAGCUGAAAUGGCAAAGGAUGAGAAAGCACACGAGAUGGGCAACGGAGGAGGCGGGCCUCACGUGCCCCGCAAGAGCAAAUUUGACAGUGAUGAUGAAGGGAAUGAAGAAGACGACAAGCCAACUCUGAAAAAAGAACAUACUACUCGUAGUCCAUCUCCUCGCGCAGAAGACAGUGAACCUGAAAUGACUGAGGAGGAAAAGGAAUUCCAGUUGAUGGUGAUCACCAAAACCCUUCUGACGGAGAUCCUCUUAGAAGUCACCAAUGAAGAGAUCCAGCAGGUGGCAAAAGAGUCGCACCGUAAAGCCACUCGAGCUCCUGCAAAACAGCUGGCACAGUCAAGUGCAUUGGCUUCUCUGACCGGUCUCAGCGGCCUGGGCGACUACGGUUCAGAGGAGAGCGAGAACGAGGAUGAACGCAGUGUCCGUGGGUCAGACUCUUCUGACACCGAUGAGGAGGAGUUGCGCCUUCGCAUCCGCCAGAAGCAGGACGCCUUCCGCCGAAAAGAGCGGGAGAUGCUGCAGCACCAGGAGAAGCAAGCACAAGAAGCCUUACUUGCAAAAGAGGAGAUGUCAAAGGAAUGGUUGAAAAGAGAACAGGGGGAGUAUGAGGAGAUGAAGACAGAGAAUUCUCACAAACAGGAUGUAAAGGAUAGGGAGGCGGAGCCCGUGCUAGAGAGGCGCAGAUCUCGUACUGAGAUGGACCUUAGUGAAGACCGACCGUCAGGUCGAGGGAAGGAGAGAUCAGGACGUAAUGGCAGUAACUCUCCAGCAAACGGUCACAGCAGUAGCUCCCACUCCACCUCCAGUCAUAGCAGCAGCCGUUCUUCCUCCUCAUCCUCAUCCUCUUCAAGGUCUUCCCGCAGCUCCUCUAGGUCGUCUUCUCCACAGAGAAAGAGGCGGCGUAGCAGUUCCUCCUCUCGCAAGGCUCAACGACGGAGCCGUAGUCGCAGCUCCCAUAGGACUCGCGGUGAGAAAGGCAGGGAUAGGAGGAGGAGCUCUGAGAGAUCCAGCCACCGAAAGAGAGACCGAAGUGAUUCCAGAGAACACCGGAGACGGAGGAGCAGAUCUCGAUCGAGAGAGAGGGAUCGGGGCCGAGCCCGGGCUAGAGACAGCCAUAGUCUCAGUAGGGACAGAGAGAGGGAAAAAGACAGGGAUAGAGAGAGGAAAAGAAGCAGGGAGCACCGGGACAGCAGUCACAGCCGAAGCGGCAAACACAAGCAGAAAGCCUCUAGCAAGGAGAGGAAGAGAGAAAGGAGCCGUAGUCAUGAAAAAGACAAGAAGAGGAAAGAGAAAGAACGGGAAAAAGAGUCUGAUAAAAAGAGAGAAAAGGCAAAGGGCAAAGACAAGAGCAGCUCUGUAGGUGCAGAUGAAAAUGGCAAAUCCAAGAAAAGGAAGGAGAGCGACUCGCACGACUCUCAGAGCGAAAAGCACUCCCGGCACGACAGCAAGUCUAACAAGAAGGGCUCCGCCAAGGUUAGCAAAACACACUCCGACUCCGAGUCAAGCAGAUCCCCAACUCCCGAGGUUAGCAAGGAAAAAAAAUCCAAGAAAUCCAAACGUAGCCGUUCAAGGUCGACGGAAAAAUCUCACAAGUCUGGUAAGAAGGCAAGCCGCAAACACAAGUCUAAGUCGCGAUCAAGGUCAAUUUCGCCCUCCCGCAGGAGCCGACGCUGAGCAGCACAGUCGCCUCUGUGCUCUUUUUAAAUUCCAUGAGUUGAGCAGGCUUGUCUCAUUAUAGAGGCAGUUGUGUAGGUGAACCACCCUCUUACAUUUUUCUUUCUUCUUUUUGUAAAUAUGUUGUUUGUAACGUGUGACUUAAGACGAACCACACUGCACAGCUUGAAUAGACUCGGCGGAAACACAAGGAUCUGAUAAAUAAUUUUAAAGCUGAACAAGAUUUUCCAAGUGAUAUUGUAAGAUGACCAAUAAAACUGUUUGUCCUUG